GAACAGCAUAUCGCAUCUUGUUUCUGUUUACUCUAAGUUUUAGGUAGAGUUAAAAAGUAAGCUCUCAACGCAACACCCGAUUCCUAAUGGUCCAAAAGAAAAUUCUAUUUGAGUGAGUUCAACGUUGUCGCACUUGAAGAAAUUCUACGACAUUAGUUAGCAGUGAGAAGAUUUGCCUUCGUGAAAAAAAACUUUUGUAAGAUGGAUCGAGUUAUGUGGUUAUCGGCACUCUGGAUUCUACUAAUAGCCGUAUGCGUUCAGUGCGCGGCUACGCAUAAACACAUCCACACACAUACGGUCACUAAAGAACGCACCGAGGACGGAGCAUACUCACCACGAGAUGCGCAUCAUAUGGAAGAUGGGGAACACUUUUCCGAGUUCGAUCAUGAAGCGAUCCUCGGUAGUGUGAAGGAAGCGGAAGAAUUUGACAAUUUAUCACCGGAAGAAUCGAAGAAACGGUUAGCAGUGUUGGUGGUUAAAAUGGAUCAAAACUCGGACGGUUACGUUGACCGACACGAGCUGAAAGCUUGGAUUUUACGGUCUUUCAAGAGUCUCGCGGAAGAGGAGGCGUCGGAGCGAUUUGAAGACGUUGAUUUGAAUAACGAUGAAUCAGUGACGUGGGAGGAAUACCUUCAGGAAACAUAUGGAAUGGAUAGCGAAGAUGAGGAAGGUGUCCGUCUCCCAUUCGAGGAGCCCCGCAAUGAAGAGGAACGUAAACUCAUUCAAGACGACAAGGAAAUGUUUGAAGGUGCGGAUACUAACCAGGACGGAAAGCUAGAUUCAACCGAGUUCGUUCAAUUCAUUUCACCGGAAGAGUUCCCGCAAAUGCUACCGAUAAUUCUGCAACAAACCCUGCGUGACAAGGAUGCGAACAAAGAUGGACGUAUCGACUUUCAGGAAUUUGUUGGAGACAAUGCAAAGGAUCAUGACAAGGAAUGGCUAAUUGUCGAAAUGGAUAAAUUUAAAGAAGACUUUGAUAAGAAUAAUGAUGGCUUCCUGAGCGGAAAUGAAAUUCUGUCAUGGGUUGUACCGAGCAAUGAUGAGGUUGCAAGCGAUGAAGUAGCUCACCUAUUUGCCGCUAGUGAUGAGGAUCACGACGAUCGUUUGUCGCAUCAGGAGAUCAUCGAUAAAUACGACAUCUUCGUGGGUAGUGAAGCAACCGACUAUGGCGAUCAUUUGCAAAACAUUCAUCAUUUCGAUGAUGAACUAUAAUCGAAAAGACUGGCAUAGUCUGGCCUUUGCAUGAAUGGCAUAUAUACAUAUAUCGCACACAAUUUUAUUUCGUGCUUUAAGAGCUCUCUCUCUAUAUUAGCUUCUAUUUAAUUUAUUCUAUUCAAUCAAAUGUAACUUGGUUUUUAUAAACUCAUUUAUGUAGUGGAUCAGUAACAGUUGCCAUAUAGAUAGUCAUUAAAUAGCGUACCCAACAUAUGUUUGCCAAAUAACUUAUGUUCUUUCAUUGUACAACUAUUAAAAUAUGAGUAAAAAUCUUGAAUUACUAAAAAUAUAA